AUGGAACUUACCAUGAUAUCUGAUAAACUUCAUUCCAAGUUAUAUAAAAUAUAUAAGGAAAAAACUGGACUCAAUCCUUGGAUAAAACAGUUCACUGAAAACUCAGGUGAGGGUCUACAGAUGAAUGUUGUACCUAUAUCACCUAAACAACAAUUUCCAAUUUCUGUUCUACCUAAAGGCCUGGAAGAGAAACAAAAACACGUUAUUAAAAUG